AUAAAUUAGCACGACAGGUGGCGUUGGCGGUAGUUUUUCUUUUUUCUGUUUCGUCUCGGAAAAAAACAUAGACACAGAAGUACGAACGUGGCAAAGGAAAUGGCUGAAGCACCAGACAUACCCAAAGAAGAACCUGUUGAAGCUACCCCCCAAAGUGAUUCAUGGUGGGGAUCCAGUUGGCUGCAGGCUGCAAAAAAUAAGUCAGCAGAAGUAUUUGACACAGUGAGAAAAGAUGUAAAUGAAUUGGCUCAGACUGCAAAGGAUAAGUCUGUCGAGGUGUAUGACUAUGUCCGAAAAGAUUUUGACGAAUUCACCCAAACUGUAUCAGAAGAAGUAAGCACCACAGCUUCUGCGUUAAAAGAGAAACUAAAGAUUGAUGAUUCAAGCGGAACUGCUGCAACUGUAAAGCGCAGUGUCACUUCUUUCCUCAACCAAGUUUCUGAUGUAUUCUAUAUUCCUCCAGAAGAUGAUGAUGAACCUAUAUUUCUAGACCGUCUAACAGCCAUCAUUUAUACAUUGGGUAGCGACCCUGCGACAUUUUUGGUAGAUCCUGAUGCCACCGAGUUUGAGGCAUGGCAAGAGUCUUUGAACCUCGAAUCGCAACAAGCAGACAUUGCCGCCUUAUUGGCUAAUAAUGAAAAACUACGUCACAACUUUGAAACUCUCGUCCCUUCUAAGGUGUCUGAGGCCAUGUUUUGGGCUCGAUACUUGUUCCGUAUUCACGUUGUGAGGGAGGAAGAAACCAAGAGACAAAUCAUAAGAAAAGAGGCUCAAGUGCGUGCCCAAGCCGACAUCAAGGGCAAUGAUUUGAACUGGGAUGACGAUGAAACCUUGACAUCCCCGGAAGAAAUUCCGGAAGAAGUUCAAAGUAAAUUACUGGCGGAAUAUGAGAAAGAAUGUCAAGGUCGACUGUCGAAUGACGAUAAAGGCGAACUGAAAUGCAAGGAGAAGGGUGAUAUGGUAUUGGUCUCAAGAUCAGGUGAAAGUGGGAGUACAUCGCCUGGGAAAGCAGAGAGUAGCAAUGAGGAUGACUGGGAGGAGGCCCUUCCACCUGUUGUUGAACCCAAGAAGGAAGCAACAAAGGUAACAACAAAAUCGCCCCAAAAAUCACCACAGAAAUCGGCUAAGAAGUGAUGGAGAAGAUGCGAACGAACGAUGGGAUCAAUAAUUUUUUUUAAUUACAAGCACACCACGUCUAUUCUGCUGGGGAUCUUCGUUGAAUUUGCUGUAAAUUCUAUGUAUCUUUUUUCCCCUUAACACUUUCAUAAUCUUUUCAAGUAAAGCGGAAAAAAUCAUUAACGACAACGGAUACCAUACCAUAGUUUUUGCAAUUUUCCGCGAAGCCUUUAAAAAACAUCUACGCUAGUUGCAACUACAUACAGGACUUUCUUUGAUUUCCAUUUUUUGUAUUAUGGAUAACGGUAUAUCAAAUAUCAACCGGACAUCAGCACGGAAUAUAUUAUUUACUAAA